UCCUUGCCGGAUAUAGUAUUGCCAUUACCCUGUGGUAAUAACGCGGAGAAGAGGGCAAUGAGCAGCUUCUGGUUGUCCGGGGGGCCGCGCGCCUGCGGUCUUGUAUUUGUUCUAGUCUGCUUUAUGUUACCCGCUGGGAUUCGCUGCAAUGUCUGCAGGUUGAAGACAGGAGAUGGCCGUGAUUCAGAAAGUUGUGGAGCAAACCUUGAUUUGGAGCAUUCAUUUGAACUUGACAACAGCAUCACCUUUAAGAAGAGAGGGUCGUUGAUUUGGGGCCCCGCUGCAGACCAGAGCAUUUCUAUUUUACAGAAGCAGCUGACAGAAGAUGAGCGGAACAAGCUAAGAGAUAUUGCAAACCUAAACGGACUUUACAGAAUCCGAAUUCCUCGUAAAAUGGGACUUACUGAAGAAUCCCACGAGUACGUCACCUCAUUUGUCCGAGCGUGUUCAAUUGUUGAGUCUCAUCUCUCAGAUCAAAUCACCGUUCAUACAGAUAUAUCAGGGAAUAUAGUAGGAGUGUCCAUAGUAACCCUCCCUGGAUCCUGCAGUGGGGUAGAGGUGGAAGACGUAGAUCUGGAGCAAUUUAACACCACAGUCUCUGUUCAGCAGCCGAUUCCUGCAGCAGUGCCUGAGACAGCAGCUUUCAUUGAACGUUUGGAGAUGGAGCAAGCACAAAAAGCCAAGAAUCCCCAAGAACAGAAGUCCUUUUUUGCUAAAUAUUGGCAUUUAAUACUAGGAGGGGCACUGUUGCUAAUGUUAACCAAUUCGGCGAAAGUACCAAGGGAGCCAGGACAGCAGGCCUGAGGAACUGAAUGGAUGUACAUAAUCCCUGUUGUUCUGUUUUUGAUGAUGUCUGGCGCAUCAGACGCUGGUAACCAAGGAGGAAACGGCGGAGGCGGUGGUGGAAGGUGAUCAGAUGGAUGGAGCGCGGAUAUUGUCUCGAGCUGAACAUAGAAUACGAACUGCCGCACAACACUAGUUGCCUACUGCUGGACCAUGUAAUCUGAUGCACUGCCCAAGAUCAGAAGGGUGUUUUUUUUUUUUUGUUCCCCCCCCCCCCCCCCUCAAAUUGUCAAUGUAUCAUGUAUCAGAGAACCAAUACAACCUAAUUUAUUAACUAUU